AGCAAGGCUGGUUUUCGGCCAUUCGAUGCAAGCGAUGAUGCUGCUGGAUAAGGCGUCGCCAUUGCCACCAUAGCCAUGUACCCCACUGAUCACCUCUCAUCGCGUCUCCCCUCCUCACUGCUGCAUUCCAUUGCGCAGCCAGUGCUUCGACAAUCCGUCACUCCGGUCCAUCGCACCCUCCCUGCUCCGGACUGUGCUCGAUAAGUGUUGAUUUGUUGCAAUGGCGGCCUCUAUCGCAUGCGGUUCGUCUCUACAGAUGGCUACCUUCGAGGGCCUGUCGGCUCGGUCCUUGGGUCUGCGUGGUGCGGAGCCUGCUGGAUCUGUGGAGUUGGCGACAGGGAGAAGCGCUGCUAGGCGCGAUGGCCGUGGACGCUCCGUGGUCACCGCUGGGUUGAAGGACUUGCGGGACCGAAUCGCUACCGUGAAGAACACGCAGAAGAUUACUGACGCCAUGAAGCUCGUGGCCGCUGCCAAGGUGCGUCGCGCGCAGGAGGCUGUGGUGAAUGGCCGCCCCUUCUCGGAGAACCUCGUCAAGGUGUUGUACAACGUUAAUGAGCAAAUCUCUACGGAGGAUAUCGAUAUCCCACUCACCACCGUGAGGCCUGUGAAGAAGAUUGCCCUCGUUGUGAUCACGGGAGAUAGAGGAUUGUGCGGUGGGUUCAACAACUACGUGUUGAAGAAAGCGGAAAAGAGGAUGGCGGAGAUACGCAACAUGGGAAUCGACCUUACCGUGGUAAGUAUCGGGAAGAAGGGCAACAGCUAUUUCAAGAGGAGGCCGGCUAUCCCAGUUGACAGAUUUCUGGAUGCCGGAAAUGCCCCCACGACGAAGGAGGCGCAGGCCGUCGCUGACGAGUUGUUCUCUCUCUUCGUCUCGGAGGAAGUUGACAAGGUGGAACUGCUGUACACUCGAUUCGUGUCGUUGAUCAAAUCCGACCCUAUCAUCCACACCUUGUUACCCCUUUCUCCUCAGGGAGAGGUUUGUGACAUCAGUGGCAACUGCGUUGACGCCGCCGAUGACGAGAUGUUCAGAUUAACUACUAAGGACGGGAAAUUCUCUGUGGAGAGGGAGACCAUCAGGACCGAGACCGUCGACUUCGCCGGUGUGCUUACAUUCGAGCAGGAGCCUGUUCAGAUCCUUGACGCUUUGUUGCCUUUGUAUCUCAACAGCCAGAUCCUGAGAGCUCUGCAGGAGUCCAUCGCCAGUGAACUCGCGGCUCGUAUGAACGCCAUGAGCAAUGCAUCCGACAAUGCUUCCGAUUUGAAGAAGUCGCUCUCCGUUUCUUACAACAGGCAACGUCAAGCUAAGAUUACCGGAGAGAUUCUCGAGAUCGUGGCUGGUUCUACCGUGACCAUCUAGACUACUUCCUGAUCUUCCAUACUCAGGAUUCUACAUGUUUGGAUCGAUCUCUUUAGAGCUGGUAUCCUUAUGCUUCUGUACACUAAGUGGACAAGAGCAGUGAUCGAAAAGGGGGUCACUGUAUUGACCUCUGCGUUGCCCCUCUGCAGUCGAUCGCUGCUCUUAGAUCCCUGUAAUUUCAGUUCUGUCUAGGUUUUGGUAGUCAUCCAUAAUUUUGAGCACUGUAUUCAUUCUCAUAUCGACUUUGUACCUUUAUGAUUCCAUCCAUAACUUGUAACCUAGAGCUGGGGCAUCUUCUAGCAUCGUGUCUGGUCGAGACCCACAGAAUCAGUAGUAAUAAAUUCGCUCGAAUCAGUGGCAAGAUUCUUUCCCUCAAUUGUUCUGCUUCUGAGCAACUGAGGCUUCA